AUGGACUAUACAACCUACCAGCAACCACAUGCGCAUACCCACAAUGCUUACGCGCCAACUCACAAUGGUCAAUCAGGUCCGCCCGUAACCUCUCCCACUCAACAGAACCAAGUCUCGCCCAUCAUGUCACAGCAAAAUCACGCCUACGGUCAACAACCAGGUGCAGCUCAUCAGGUCAUGCCUAUGUAUUCGCAAGGCUACCCUGUCCAGGGCAUGCAUUACGGCAUGGGCGCAAAUCAGAUGUCUCCUACACAAGCCGCCGCCAUGGCAACAGCGGCUGCCUCAGGAAAUUACAACUAUAUGCCGGAAACCAUGCAACCAUUAGCACAAGACCCAAGACAAUCACCACGCAUGGGACAAUCAGUCAAGAGCGAACAGAGACAAACACCGAGAUCACCGUCACAAAGUCAUAUGAAUGUCAACACAACUAUGGCAGGUCAAAUGGUCAUGCCAGCACCUCAAGCAAUCCCUCAACAAAUGGUCGCACGUCGCAUGAGUCAGGCAGUCCAACCUCCUCAGACUGUCAUGCAGCAACAGCGACGCUCAUCAGUUGCGCCACAGAUGGUUCAACAAGUUGUUCAACAACACUCAUCACCAGAAGCUGUUGGCACCACUGAAGAAUCACCUCUAUACGUCAAUGCAAAGCAAUUCCACCGAAUUCUGAAAAGACGUUUGGCAAGACAGAAGCUGGAAGAGCAACUGCGUCUCACUAGUAAAGGUCGCAAGCCUUACCUGCAUGAGUCUCGUCACAACCAUGCUAUGCGACGGCCGCGUGGUCCAGGAGGACGUUUCCUCACGGCUGAGGAAGUCGCCGCUCUCGAUGCCGAAGCUGCGAAGAAUGGCGGUGGUAGUGUGGAGAUGCAGCAGCCCACCAACGGAACCAAACGCAAGUCUGGAGACAGCCAAUCUUCACCCUCGAAAAAGUCACGUACACAAUCAAAUGCCAGAAGCAUGACAUCUGAAGAAGACGGGACUGAAGAAGGAUAG